AUUCACUACUUAGAAUUAUUUUCACUACACUCUAUAGUCUAUACGCUAUAGCUAAUUAACACAAGCUUAAUCAGAUGGCAUCAUAUCAGCUUGGUUUUCCACUCUUCAUCACUUUGGUUCUUGCCACACUUCAGUUAUCGUCUUGCUAUGUCUUGAAGGGUUCUGUUACUUGCCUAGACUGCAGUCAACAUAACGAUCUCUCAGGAAUAGAAGUUUUAGUGAAGUGUGGUCAGGUGAAAAGAUUGGCUAUGGCUACAACAGAAGAAGAUGGCUCUUUUGAAACAAAACUUCCUUCUACUCCACCAAACAAAUGCUAUGCCAAGAUCCUUGGAGGUCCUAAUCAGCUCUUUGUUUCAAGAAUUGAAACAGACCCCAAUAUUGUCAAGUCUCAAGAAGAUGAUAACUCCUACACUAUCUCUAACCCUUUAAAGUUCUACACAAAAUGCCCUUCACCCAACAAGAGUGCUAAAGGAAAAUGUCAUGAUGAGUUUGGUUCAUCUAAGACUAUUGAUCUACCAUUGCCAAAAGAAUGGGGAAUUGCACCAACUAGCUACUAUGUCCCUGUUCUCCCCAUUAUCGGGAUACCUUAAGCAUGUAUGUAUAUAGUAUUUUAGUGUGUUCUAGCUAUUCUUCUCAUAAUAUUAGAGAAAAUGGCUACACUAUUUAUUUAUGUCAUGAUUAAUUAUGUUGUUGGGAAGAAAGGUCUUAGAUAUAUCUUCGACAUGUAUGAGAUCGAUGUUAUUAUAUAUGAAUAUUAAAUAUAUAAACAUAUGUCUAUUUA